AUGGAGGAGUUUGACAUGGCUAUUAAAGAGGCGAACCUUAUUGAACCCGCGGUCCAGCGGAACUGGUUUACUUGGACUAGUAAGAUACAUGGGUCGGGUUUGAUGAAGAGACUUGAUCGUAUCCUAGUGAAUGAUGAGGGGCUUAGUACAUGGCCUAACAUGAGGGUUAACGUCCUCCCGUGGGGUAUUUCUGAUCAUUCUCUCAUACUUGUCGAUCCUAGUAAUCAGCGAAGCCAACAAGUGGUCUCUUUUCGUUUCUUUAACCAUUGGGUUGAAGAAGCGUCCUUUAUGGAUGUUGUGUCCUCUACUUGGACCAAAGAUACUAGAGUUUCUCCAAUUGUGAAUAUUGUGAGGAACUUAAGAAAUCUCAAGUCGAUUCUUCGCAGACAUUUUGGUAGGCAUAUCCGGACCAUCAGUGAGGAUGUUCGUCUUGCCAAUGAUACCAUGGACCGAGCUCAAAGAGAGAUGGAAACGAACUCUCUGUCGGAGGAGGCGAGUAAUCACGCGAGCUUAGCCACGGUAAACUUUUGGAAAGCGGUUAGAGUGGAGGAAGCCGCUAUGCGCCAGAAGUCGCAAAUCAGAUGGUUGAAGCUAGAUGACCAGAAUACUGCCUUUUUCAUCGAUCUGUUCGAUCAAGGCAGAGCAGCAAUGCUUUGA